AUGGACCAACAUAUCCAGAACUCUUCAGCACAUAUUGCGCCGCUUAAUACUCCACUUGAUGUGUUUUUCCAAUCAUUCCAUGGGUUUGAUUACGAUAGGGAGCUAUCUCCCUCGCAGCUAUUUACUCAGCUACAGAGAUUCAAUGGAUGGAGAAGACAUAAUCCAACAGAGAAAGCAGCCUGGGCACUAUAUCAGUCUGCUUUGGAAGAAGAAGUGAAACUUUGGUUUGGGGCAGAGGAUGACCUCGGAUCCUGGCACUCUCUUUGUCGUGCUCUCGAGAUCAAGCCAUUGCCUAUGACUUGUGCGCAAGGUGUGAAGUCCGUCCGAGGUGUUUUUGUUAACAUCAUUGAUCUCCUGGAGUGGGCUCGAAGUGAUAAAAAGCAAAUCCGAGUGCGCAUGUUUCCGAGUUUGGCAGAGCUUCGCGAUUAUACCAAAAGAACUGGGAAGAUCUUUCACAAUAAACUUGGCAGCGAUGACAAUGAGAACGUUGUUCUUCGGCAUCUGCUUAGAUUUAUCUUCUGA